UUUUGUUAUUGUUAAGCUUGUGUAAUUAUUGAACCCUUCGACUUGCGGAUAAAAGUUUUUAUUUAAAUAAGUAUAGAAUAUGCGGGGUGUAAUAAAUGGUUUAAGAAGUGCUGUGAGAACAACAAAUUACACACCAAAUGGAAGAAAUGUUCUUUUGCAGAAUGAACUAAUUUUGCGACCUCAAGUUCGACUGUUUGCCGCGAACUCCUCGUCGGCUUGCUGGAAUUGCCAAAAUAAGUCCGAACUAAGGCAAAAUAUGAUCUGUUCGGAUUGUGGACACCUACAGGAUGUGGAUGCGGGAAUAAAUUACUUUGAACUAUUAAGCUUUCCCACCAAGUUUUCGUUGGAGCCGCAGAAGUUGACCCAAAGUUUUCGGCAACUGCAGACCAUAGUGCAUCCGGAUAAAUAUAGCAAUAAAACAUCCCGAGAACAAGCCAACUCCGCCGACUGGAGUUCCCUGAUAAACAAGGCAUACAAGACCCUCGCUACACCUAUUGAACGUGGCCAAUACCUGCUGCAGCUGGAGGGAGAACAGAUGCCACAGGACAAUAGUGCCUUAAAUAAGGAAUUCCUCAUGGCCAUGAUGGAACGCAAUGAAGAAGUAGAGGAGGCAGAAGACACAAAGGCUCUUGAGGAUCUUAAUGCCCAGCUUGUCAAGGAACUGGAGGAAAUGGCCCAAAAAUUGAGCUCACUCUUCGAAGCCAAGGAUCUCCAGGGAGUUAAAGGAACUCUGGUGGAGAUGAAGUACCUUCUGAGCAUUCAGAGCAGCAUCAAACAAAAGCAGCAAGGUUUGCUAGGCAGCUGAUUGUUGUUAGCAAUCGAUUUGGCUUAAACACUCACACAAGUUAACUUGUUCCUAUCAGCUGAUGAGUCAAAAUAUCGUUUGUUGUAUAAUGUGAUUAAGCUGCAACAAAAAGUCAGUGCACUUCAUAAAUAAUCAGUUUGUAAAAUUUCCAAAACA